AUGUGGUCAAAUAGUAUGAUCUUUCUCCAUCUCUUUACUUUGUCUCUCUUGUUAGGACAAUCAUGGAGUGAAACAGAUACGCUUCAUCAAGGCCAGUACUUGAAAGAUGGGCAAGAGCUCGUCUCUGCUUUCAAAAUCUUCAAACUCAAGUUUUUCAACAUGGAGGAUUCAAGAAACUGGUAUCUUGGGAUUUGGUUCAACGAUCUUUAUCUUGAUGUCCGGGACAGACCUGUCUGGAUUGCUAACCGUAACAAUCCAAUCUCGGAACGCUCUGGUAGCCUCACAGUGGAUUCUCUUGGCAGAUUGAGGAUUUUAAGAGGUUCAUCAAACAUGCUUGAGCUAAGCUCUACGGAAGCCACAAGAAACACAACUUUAAAGCUUUUGGAUUCUGGAAACCUUCAGCUCCAAGAGAUGGAUGAUUCUAAUAGAUCGGUGAAACGGGUUUUGUGGCAAAGUUUCGAUUAUCCAACAGAUACCCUUCUUCCUGGGAUGAAACUUGGUUUCGAUGCCAAGACCGGGAAGAGAUGGGAACUUACAUCAUGGUUAGGUGAUACUUUACCAUCUUCUGGGUCUUUUGUCUUUGGGAUGGAUGCUAAUAUCACAAACAUAUUGACCAUCUUGUGGCGUGGGAAUAGCACGUACUGGUCAAGUGGGCUAUGGUUCAAUGGUCGGUUCUCUGUAGAGGGAUUAAACGAAUGUGGUUUCCUCUUUUCCUACGUUUCAACCAAGAAUGGACAAUAUUUUACGUAUCUAGGUCAUGAUCAGAACGAUGCCGAGACAUUUUUCCCCACCAUAAUGAUAAACCAACAUGGCGAUUUGCGUAGAGUUCAUCAGCAACGUAUAAGGCAAAUUUCUAGGAAUUCGAAUUGUUUGGCUGCAGGUAACGUAGUCUCGGAUAGGCCAUAUGGGUCUACUUCAGAUGUGGUAAGCAAAGAGAAGAAAAAGUUGGAAGCUUGGCAUAUUGUUCUGGCAUCACUGUUCCUAAUGGUACUUGUGAUUUGGUUAAUAAUCUAUCUUGUCUUGAGGAAAUUUAAAGUUAAAGCAAGUGCUAUAUUUCGUAGAGUAUUCUACUUUCUAUGGAGAGAAAUCACUCCACAAGUGAUUGGUUUUAUACAGAGAAGACUUUUAUCGCUGAGGUUUGGUUCAACAAUAGACCAAGAAAUGCUACUACGUGAAUUGGGAAUUGAUAGGAGACGCAAACACAAGAGAAGUGAAAGGAAGAAUAAUAACGAGCUUCAGAUUUUUAGCUUUGAAAGUGUAGAACUGGCAACAGAUUACUUCUCCGAUGCAAACAAGCUUGGUGAAGGAGGUUUUGGUCCUGUCUAUAAGGGGAAGUUACUAAAUGGUGAAGAAGUGGCUAUCAAGAGACUAUCUUUAGCAUCUGGUCAAGGUUUAUUGGAGUUCAAGAACGAAGCUAUGCUUAUUGCGAAACUUCAGCACACAAAUCUUGUUCAGGUUCUAGGAUGUUGUAUCGAGAAGGAUGAGAAAAUGCUAAUCUACGAGUACAUGCCCAACAAGAGUCUUGAUUACUUCCUUUUUGAUCCCUCGAGGAAAAACGUUUUGGAUUGGACGAUGCGGUUCAGAAUCAUGGAAGGAAUCAUUCAAGGGCUUUUGUACCUUCACAAGUACUCGAGAUUGAAAGUGAUACACAGAGACAUCAAAGCCAGUAACAUUUUGUUGGACGAGGAUAUGAAUCCGAAGAUAUCGGAUUUUGGAAUGGCUCGGAUAUUUGGAGCUGAAGAAACCAGAGCCAAUACUAAAAGAGUUGCUGGCACAUUUGGCUAUAUGUCGCCGGAGUACUUUAGGGAAGGACUAUUCUCGGCGAAAUCAGAUGUGUUCAGCUUUGGGGUUCUAAUGCUCGAAAUUAUUUGUGGAAGGAAGAACAAUAGCUUCCACCAUGACUCAGAAGGACCUUUGAAUCUCAUAGUUCAUGUGUGGAAUAUGUUUAAAGAGAACCGCAUUGGCGAGAUGAUAGAUCUGUCUUUGGGAGAUUCCGCUCUUGAUGAGCCUCAAGUGUUGAGAUGCGUUCAAGUUGCUCUGUUGUGUGUACAAGAAAACCCUCAAGAUAGACCAAAUAUGUUAGACGUUGUGCCCAUGAUAUACGGCGAAGGCAACAAUGCUCUUUCUUUGCCUAAAGAGCCUGCUUUCUAUGAUGGUCCCCGGAGAAGCUUUCCGGAGACAGAGGUUGAGCCACUAGAGCCGGAAAAUGUAUCGGUGAAUAGAGUUACCAUCACGGUGAUGGAAGCAAGAUGAAACUGAAAAUAAGGAUCAAGAAAAUUGAUGAUAGUAAAUGUGAAUCUCAUUACUUGAAAUGCUUUACUUCGUUACACGGAUCAUGCAUUUAGGAAUUCGGAUACAUACACUUACUUACUCAUGUAUACAUAUUCUUCUCAACUUGACUCCAAAACACUUUAUACACAAUUUUUUAAAAUUUUAAAUUUUAAAAACC